AUGGGUAGUGAGAAUGAGAUCCCAAUUUUGGAUUUCAACAGGAAUAUUAGAUUGAAGUUAGAAGAAGGGGGCGAAGGAUGGAAAGAAAUGAGCAAGAAAGUGAGACAAGCAUUUGAGAGUCAUAGUUGCUUUCUCAUAAGGUGUGAUGAUAUCACAAAUGAUUUACAUGAUGAAUUUUUCACAAGUAUGAAAUCAUUGUUUGAUUUACCUGAAGAAACUAAGAAGAAGUUCUGUAGCCCAAGACCUUAUAGGGGAUACACUGCAAAAAGUUGUGUCAUUCCCUAUGCUGAAAGUUUUGGAAUUGAUAAUGAUCGUAAUCCAGAUACGGCUCAACAAGACUUCAUUGAUCUCAUGUGGCCUCAAGGAAAUCCAACUUUAAGUGCGGCGCUAAGUUCCUAUAGCUCGAAAACUCGUGAACUAAGUUCUCUUAUUUUGAAGAUGGUUGUGGAAGCCUUUGAACUUCCACAACAUUACAAGUUGGAUAUUGGAGAGUUGAAUAGCUACAAUGAUGCACGCAUGACUAAGUAUUUAACUUCUGAAGAGACAAAAGGUUCUAAUAUUGGUUUGGUACCUCACACAGACAAAGGAACUAUUUCCUUCAUAUGUGACAAUGGAGUUCAAGGUCUGCAGUUGCUAUCGAAAACCGACAAUUGGGUUGACAUAAAUAUUCCUCCAAAUGGCUUUGUGGUAGUUGUUGGUGAUAUAUUGCAGGCAUGGAGUAAUGGGAGACUUGAGGCGGCCACACACAGAGUGGUGGCAAAGGAUGAAGAGAGAUUUGUAUUUGUAUUUUUUUCUGUGCCAAGGGAAGGCUUGAUCAUUAAGGGGCCAUCUGAACUUGUGGAUAAUGAAAACUACCCUAAACGCUACCGUCCAUUUAACUAUGAUGAGUAUGUUAAUUAUCAUCAUUCAAUUGGAUCACAAGAGGCUCCAAUGGAAAAAUUUGCUGGAAUUUAA